GUUUUUGCAACUCUCUUGAUUAUAAGGUUUUAACCUCCAUGACCCCACCCCACAUAGCUUCUCUCCAUUAUAUUGGCUCUAUAACUACCAUCCCACAGCUCUUCAUCAUCUUUGCAUGCCAUUUAGAUGGAGAGAUCAAUAAGCAAGACUGUUUUCUCCAGGCAAGAAGGUACGGCCAUCUCUGAGGAAAGUGGGUGGACAUGGUAUUUUGAAGACUUCUUGGCAUCAGAAAAGAGAGGAAAACCACAGGAACAAGAAGAUGAUGAUCAUGAUCAUCUUGAUCAUGAUGAAGAUGAUAACUAUUCAAACUUUGUUUAUGGAUCUUCUAUGGUCUCUGAUGCAGCUUCAUAUGCUGCAUGGAAGCCAUCAAGAAGCUGCAAGAAACUAAGUUUCAAGAAGAGGAAGGCUAGAGGAGUUUUGGAUGAUGAUUCUUUAGAAGACACAGCCAGUUCUCCUGCUAAUAGUCCAAAGGUUAGUGAUUUGAAUCACAGGGUUAUGGUUCAAAGGAAGCCAUUGGAAUAUAAAGAUAUACCUGAGCCUGAGAAGAAGGAAGUUGGAAAUGGAGAGCAUGAUACAAAUGAAUUUGCUGCCUUUGAUGUGAGGACAAACAAUUGCACAGAGUUGAAGAAGAGAGGGCUUUGUUUGGUUCCAUUGUCCAUGUUUGUAGACUACCUUGAUAAAUAAAAAUGUAAAUGUUUAAUGCUUGUAUCUCUCUUUCUUUCUUUCUCUCUUUCAUAUUCAAUAUAUUGGAAAGAGAUGCCACGAAGCAUGAAAGAAAGAAAGCCAUGUCUUGAAAAUAGUGACAAUGAUUGGAGCAGUUCAAACAUGCCUUUCAAGAAGUUGUUAAACCAACUGCCUUUGAUGUAAAGA